AGAAUUUCUAGAUCCAUCCAUCUGUUUUUAAAGGAACUGGGUUGCCGCAAAAACAACACUAACCCAAACCAAACUUAAUCAAUUUCUAUAGAUUCCGCUUCUCACCAUUGAUCUACUGCAAAGUUCUCUCUCAACCCUCCCUCGGAUAGGUACAAUAUAUAGAAAUGUUUUCCUUUUUCAUUGCUAGCUAGCCUUUUCAGGAGAUCGAAUUGAUUAGUUGGGGAGUGAUCAUAUACAGCACUCAUGUCUGUAAAUCAUAAGAGUGGUAAAGAUCAUUUAGUUAUCGAUAUUAUUGACAAGAAAUGCAUCUUCAGAGUUCCUAACGUGCUCCGGAGACAAAACCCCGAGGCAUAUACACCUGACGUUGUUUCAAUCGGACCUUUACAUCAUUAUCGAGAAAAGCGAGGCAAGGAAGAGGGUAAAGGAGGCAAGGAAGACAAAGAAGACAAAGGCGAGGAAGAUUUCCAACUCCUGAAACGAGUGAAAAAAAGCUAUUUGAAUGAAAUUCUCUCACGUAUGAAGAAUAUAACUUUGGAAGAGUUGACCACAAAAGUUACUGAGCUCUCAGAUAAGAAGAAUGAAGGUGGGUUUGAGGAACGAGCUCGCAACUUUUAUGCAGAACCACUUGAUCAUAUUCCUUCCAAAGACUUCAUCGAGAUGAUGAUAGUUGAUGGUUGCUUCCUAGUUCAACUAUUUCGGAAGUGUAAACAUUCCAAUCUCAGGGCCUCAGAUGACCUGGUGUUCAACAUGGACUGUAUGUUUCAUUUCCUAUGCCAUGACAUUUUGCUCUUAGAGAAUCAACUACCUUGGUUUGUUAUCCACAGUUUGUAUAGCCUUACCCUUGAAAUAUACCCUGAUGAAGCCUCUCUCUCUGUUCUCAUCCUUAAAGCCUUCAGCAUACUACCAUCACUGAAGCAAAGUUGCUCAUCUUAUAAUAAGCAUCUCCGCAAAAGCAGGUGUCAUUGUGAUGCUGAUUAUCUUCACAUACUUGAUCUGGUAAGAGCUUCCAUAGUUAUUCCAUUGAAGACCAUAGAUGCGAGAGUAGCUAGAAAAGAAUCUAUGUCCGACCGAGCUGAAGAACAUCAAGUGCAUAAAAGGACCGUAGACAAGGCCGAGAGUAAAUCUGUUCAUGAAGCUAUCUUUGACCCAGAUCUACAUCAAAUACGUACCGCAACCGCUCUCUCAAAGGCAGACAUUAAAUUCGAAAAAGUCAUAAGGGAGAGCAUAAUGGACAUUCGAUUCAGAGUGGGUGGGUGGUUCAGGAAUGGGAUUCUAGAGAUUCCACAGCUAAACGUUGGAAUGUCAUCGGAAACAUUAUUCAGGAACCUUAUUGCAAUUGAGCAAUGCUUCCAUGGUUAUUCAAACGAGAUAACAUCUUAUGCCAUCUUUAUGGAUAACCUCAUCUCUUCAAAGGAAGAUAUGGAAUUACUUUGCAAGGAAAAAGUAAUUGGUAACUGGAUGAGUGAUGAAGACGGUUGUGAGUUCUUCAGCAAUCUUUACAAGGACAUCCCGCCCAACAAGUUCUACUAUGUUGGUCUGUGCGAAAAAGUGAAUGCUCGUUACAGAUCGAGAUGGUAUACAUGGUUGGCUUUACUCAAGAGUGAAAAAUUUUCUAACCCCUGGAGAAUUUUAGCUUUCGGGAUAGGUAUUAUCGUUUUGACUCUCACCGCCUGGAGUCAGACAAACAACAUUAGGGUUAACAUGCAUAAGUGAAGUUAUACUACCUAGCUAGCUAGCUAGUUAUUCACGAUUGCCUGCGUUUCUCACUUUCUUUGUGUGUGGCUAAUGUUGUUUGAGAUAUUUGAAUGUACCUCUCAUAUGCCAUUUUAAUUACCUUGACGGUAUAUUUCGAUGUAUAUGUCGUUGUACCUCUACUUGCAUCUUAAUUAGAAUUAUAAUUUUCUCUUGUUUGAUUA